GCUAUAGGCGAUGACAUGAAGUUGAGAAAGAAACAAUGGCGGGCUCUUUGAAAAAUCCGGCACAUUUCAUGAAACCCCCGUCCAACUAUGGCGUUGGUGGACCAUCUUACAAGCUGCUGCCUCCAUCAGCCCUAACAAUCCCAGCCAAAACAGCGCCCAAGGUCACUGGGGUCUCAGGAGAACCAACAACUUCUCCAAAGAAAGCUAGAAAACAGUCCCCUCGAAAAUCUAAUCACCAGUCAUCUGCUGCUGCUCAACAUGAGAAGGAGACUCAAGCCACCCUGCAACCGACAACACCGCCUGUUGUACCCCAUGGAGAUAGUGGCAAUCCUCCUAGUUACCCUUUAUACCAGUACCACCACCACCAGCUACACCCUCAGGGACAACACCCCACCCAACCCUACCGCCAUCCUCCCCCACCACCACCCAGCCACCCUGGACCAGACCCACACCACCUCUUGGAACUCCAGCGCCAGACCGAGAUGAUCGUCAGCCGCCAGGCCGCGGACAUCGCGCGGCUCAAGACGGAGCUGUCCACCCAGGAGGCCCAGCACUCGGCGGAGCUCGCCAGGAGCAAGGCCGGUAGCAGGGAGUCCAGGGUGGGGCUGGAGGAGGAGAUCUUGAGAUUGAAGGAGGAGAUGAAGAGAAGUGAGACCAGCCACAAACAACAGGCAAGCCAUAUGGUAGAGGAGCAUCGCAAGGAAACCAGUCAUAUGGCAGAUAAAAUGAGGAAAAUUACAGAAGAUCUCCAAAGGAUAAGAGAAGAAUCAGAUGGCAAGAUUGCCAAUUUAACGAGCCGUCUCGCUGCAGAGAAGGAAUCAAGUAGUAAUGAAAAAGAUCAGCUGCAAUGUGAUAUCAGGCAGAAACAGGAAGAAAUCUCCCAUCUUACAACUCAAGUUGCUCAACUGAAGGCUUACAUAGGCGAUGCUCUCCCGAGCAGCAAGACCUCGGCUCAGUGGAACAUCGAAAAACAAAACUAUGACAAGACAAUAAAGCUAUUGGAGGAUGAGAGAGAGAAUAUCCAAACAACUGCGGACAUGCUGAAUGUAAGACUAUCGUCGAUGAACGAGAUCAUGGCCAUUCAAGAGAAAGAGAUGGCACAGGCAAAGGAAAUGGAGCAUGACAUGACGAGCAAACAUACUGGAGAAAUCCUGCUAAACAAGUGGAGAGAGAAAGUAUUUGCUCUCCUGGUUCAGAGGAAGUCCCUUGAGAUUGUCAUCAAGAAGGAUGCUUCUACUUAUCAAGAUAAGCUCAACAGUAUUGAGGGUCAGUUAGAAGGAGCCCUCAACAAGGUGCGGAUCCUGGAGCAUGCCUUAGCCGACAAGGAGGCUCAGCUACAGCUGGAGAAGAAGAAUGUUACGAAAGUUGAGCAGGAGCUAGUCUCUGUUCAAGAAGUGGCAGGAAUGCUUGACAGGAGGCUACAAGAGAGUGAAACUUGUCUUUGUAGGAUGAGGGAUAUGGUUAUCAGGUGUCAUAAACAUUCCAAUGGACUGAACACACAAAGCAAAGAAAUGGAAUCGAGAUUAAACUCUCACCAACAACGAUUAACUUUUGCUAUCAGCAGAAUAGAACUCUUGCAAGAUCUACUGGCACGCCGAGAUUCCAUGCUGAAGUUGAAGGUUGGAGGUUCAAGCCUCCGAGGAUGCGCCGACCUAUCAACGCAAACAGAAGAUCAUUCCUCCACCCAAGACAGAGCUGUACCGAUGGAACUGAAAGCUGAGAUUGAACGACUUCAGAAGGAAAGAGAUAGCCUUGCUUCCAGGCUCAAAGAGGAUUCAGCAGUCGUUCAACAGAGGAUCGAUGACAUUAGGAAGGAAAUGAUGAGCAAAACAGAGGAAUAUGAAAUGGAAAACGAUCAACUGAGAGCAAGGAUAUUUGAUAGAGGGAAGGAGGUGGAAAGUCUAGAGGAGAGGCUUGGUGAAAGUGAGAAGUCCUUGACUGAAUCAAGACAGGAGACCCUCAGGCUCAGAACAGAUCUCGCCCGCUCUCAGCUAGUGGCAGAAGGAGCUUCAGAUGAGAAGUGCAAGAUACUUGAAUCCCAGCACACAGAGAGACUAGCCGAGAUGGAGAAAAGACUCAACGAGGCUAGGAGAGAACAUGCCAAAGCAGUCGUGUCCCUGAGACAACUGGAAAGACGCCAUGCGCGUGAGAAGGAGAGAUCUUCAGAAGCCUUGUCAUCGCAGGAGGAGUACCUCACGAAGGAGAUAUCAAAACUCAAGACAAGACUCUCCGAAGCAGAAGCCGACAGGAACAUGUUAAUGGUAACUCUGAAACAGGAAGGUCUUCUCCCAACUCACAGGGCAAAGCAGACUGGUGGCAUACCAUCUCUCAUGGGGAAAGAGAGCAGGGAUGACACUCGCAGUGAUGGAGAGAGAUGUGAUACCAGUUCCAUAUCACCCACCAACCAUGACAGACCUCCAUCCAGUGAAGGAAAAGAACCCCUCCAUGCUGUGUUGAAGGAGUUACAGACCAUCGCUGCCAACGUUUUAGAAGAUGACGACGACGAUGAUGAGCUAGAUGAAAGUUAGGACUAGCCAUUAUAGAAGAAAACACAAUCAUGAAUUAAUUUGACAUUCCAAACCUGUAAAUCGUAUGUCCUAUCUUAAGGCAUAUUUUCUAAUUGGAACCAAUUUGAAAUGGGGAUAAGCCAGUCGCCAUGGAUUUAAAUGGAGCAUGUUUCUUUUGAAUCGAAAAGUGUCAUCCUUAUCUUUAUGCAAAUUUCGUAUUAGAAUUCCGAUGAUUUUUAUUUAUCAGGUAAAAGUUAAGGGAUGUGCCAAAAUGUGAUUUCUGUCAUUUUUUCCAGAGGAUUAUACAAUGUAGGUAACCCUGCCCAAGUCAACCUACUGCCCUACUUUGCCAAAAGGAAGCAAGUGACACAUCAGUCAAAUUUGAGUUUGUUUCUGAAACACCCUAUUGAAGAAAAUGUGCUGUUAAAUUGCAUUGACGCCUAUGUAAAUGACGAACACACAUUGCUCAUUUACAACAUAUACUUUUGUAACUUGCUAACUUUUGCCAAAGUACUGCAGUGUAGGUUGAAUAUAUUUGCAUAAGCUGAAGAUUUUUUUUAAAACUUGAUUUAUGUGGUCCCAAAAGAUUUGACAGAAGCAGAGAUACCUGUAUACUACAAAUUUACCCUUUACAUUAUUAAGUUAUUUACUAUCCCCCC